CUUGCACUUUCUACGUCCUCGAAUAAGAACAAGAUAUCCAGUUAACUUUCAGUCUCAAUCGAACUUUGAUAUUUGUUACCUCUGGUAACGCGAUAGAUUUUUAAAAGAAAUUCGAUCAUAUAAAAUGAAGGUUCUAGUUUUCCUAACUUGUUAUGUGGCUUUAAUUAAUUCCCAAUUCAUAUGCCCUCCAAAGGACGGUCAGUACCCAGAUUCCCGCCAAUGUGAUAAAUUUCAUGAAUGUGAAGAUGGCGUUGCAGUAACAAAAUAUUGUCCGGAUGGAUUAGUAUUCAAUCCAGCGAUCAGAAAGAGGAAUAAAUGUGAUCAACCCUUCAGUGUAGACUGCGGGGACAGGACAGAGCUACAACCACCUCAACCGAAAGGAGUCUGUCCAAGGUUAAACGGGUACUUUGCACACGAAGACCCAAAAGUUUGCAACAAAUUCUACAACUGUAUACAAGGUGAACACAUUGAGGUGACGUGCACGCAAGGAUUAUACUUUGACGAAUAUACUGGAACUUGUGUUUGGCCCGAUACUUCUGAUAGAGUUGGAUGUGAUGUAAAAACAAAUGUUUUAAAAGAUGGAUUUUCUUGUCCUAAAGAAGGUCAAAAAGACGACAACGGAAAUCUCGUGAUUCAUCCUAAAUAUCCCCAUCCUACUGACUGCCAAAGGUUCUACGUUUGCUUAAACGGUAUGGAACCUAGAGAUUUAGGUUGUACAGUAGGUGAAGUAUAUAAUGAAGAUUUACAAAAAUGUGAUGCUCCUGAAAACGUUCCAGGAUGUGAGGACUGGUACCAAAGCGAGCCUUCUCCAGCACCAAAGGCAGUUAAAAAAACUAAAUAGUGUUAAUAUGUGUGAUUUUAGAAAUUAUUUUUAUAAGUAAUAAAAUACACUUUUUCU